AUGGGAUCAACAAAUUUAUUAUUGUCAGAGACUAAACGUCGUUUGGCUAUGUUUUGCUCGGAAGUCUGCGCUUCGCAUGUAAAGAAGCCAAUGUUGGUAUGGCCAAGGAAGGAAUAUGGUAUAUCAACAAAAUUGUUUGAUCUGGAACAAUACUGGAAAGAAGUUUCAUUGACAGCGCCGACUGUUCAUCCUUCACGAUCGAAAAAAUACAUUCUUUCGAUGUAUCCAUAUCCUUCAGGAAAACUACAUAUGGGACAUAUGCGAGUAUAUACGAUAUCAGACGCACUUGCUCGUUAUUACAGAUUGAACGGUUACAAUGUUAUUCAUCCGAUUGGCUGGGAUGCCUUUGGUUUACCAGCAGAAAAUGCUGCUCGAGAAAUGGGUGUUGAUCCAGCGCAAUGGACAGCAAGCAAUAUUGAUGUAAUGCGCCAACAGCUAUUGAGUACAGGCAUUAUAUUUGAUUGGAACAGAGAAAUUUCGACUUGCUCUCCGGAUUACUACCGUUGGACGCAAUGGAUUUUCUGUCGACUCUUUGAACGUGGCCUAGUUCGACGAGCUCUAGCUGAGGUGUACUGGGAUCCCAUCGAUUGUACCGUUCUCGCUGCAGAGCAAAUUGAUGCAGAGGGAUGUUCAUGGCGUUCUGGCGCAAUUGCUGAAAAGCGUAAAAUGAAACAUUGGAUGAUUGAGACGCCAAAAUAUGCGAAACGCAUGUACGAUGGACUUGAGAAAUUAACACACUGGAAAGAAGUAGCAGCCGUACAGGCUAAUUGGAUUGGGAAAUGUAAUGUUUGGAGAUUUUUACUACCUUUAAAGGAGAAAGACGGCACAUUGCUGGACGAAAAAUUUGACCUACGAAUACGGAAACCGCAUCAUCUAGCUACUGCUAGUGUUGUUUUCAUUCAAUCCGGCCAUCCUCUUUUCAGCUUAGCUGACGAAAAAGAAGAAAUAGGUGUUUUAAAUGUGACUGCACUGAACAUCAUAACGGGGAAAGACAUGCAUAUCAUUUAUAUGAAUAAAAAUGCUGCUAAAAAUGGUAAUGGAUUCAUCUUGAAUGCAAGACUUCCGUGUGAUGCAGAGGAAUUUGAUAAAAAGAUCUUAGAAAGUUUCGGAUUUUCAGCAGAAUCAUCUGGAAUUGCUCUCACCGACAAUGAUGUAAUUCAGAUUGCCGAAUUUGGAAAUUAUGGUGGUUAUGAGACAAGUGAAAGAUUACUUGAUUGGGUUGUUUCGAGGCAGCGGAAGUGGGGUACUCCAAUACCAGUAUUACUUAGUGCAGAUGAUCGAUAUGCCGUUAUUGUUACUGAUGAUCAAUUACCUAUUAUUGCUGCUCGCUGUAAAUAUGACGAGAAAAUUCCAUGUCAGAGAUUGCCAGAUGGAUUUGGAUAUUGGGAAAAGGAUACUUUGGAUACAUUUUUUGAUUCUAGUUGGUAUUAUUUAAGAUUUCUUGAUCCCAAGAACGAUACCGAAUUGAUCUCAGAAAAGAAAUUUGUAGAUAUGCCAGUUGAUGUUUAUGUGGGUGGAAUAGAACACGUUACAGCUUCGUUACAUUUAUUUUUUGCCCGAUUCAUAUCCUAUUUCUUAUACGAUAUUGGCGUAUCUUCUGUGCAGGAACCUUUUCAUAGUUUGUUACCGCAAGGGAUUGUGUGUAGUCGCACUUUUAAAAGAAGCGAUAGCGGAAAGUAUGUUAAGGAAGAUGAUGUCGUGCAGACAGGAAAUGGUUUCAUCGUAAAAAAAGAUGGGUGUGCAGUAAUUACGCAGUUUGAGAAAAUGUCGAAGUCAAAACAUAACGGUGUUGACCCAUUAAGCGUAUUGAAGUUGAAAGGAAUCGAUUUAACUCGUUUGCAGUUAUUGAAUGAAGCUGCACCGAGAGAACCUAUUAAUUGGGGAGAUACAGAAUUAAAAGGUCUUUUCAAAUUUAUGGAACGAACAUCGGAUGUUGUCAGCUUCUACGUAGAGCAACGUGCAUUUGGAGCUUCAGCUUCACCUGACCCAUUAGACGUUGCAGAAGAAGAAAAAUAUCGCACUAUAUAUAAUUUUUAUGUCCGUAAUAUUUCUAUGGUUAUAGAAGUCUUAUAUUUGCAUAACACUGCAAUAGAUCACCUGCAAGCUUUCGUCAAGCUUUUAAAGAAAACUCCGGCUGAAAUGUAUCGUCGUAGUGAACAGCUUGAACGGUGUGUUCACGCAUUGGUGAUAAUGUUGCAGUUAUUCACACCUCAUUUGGCUGCUGAGUAUUGGGCUGCAUUACGUUCCGUUCCGGCAUUGAAUAGUCAUGCAGUGUACCUGGAUAAAGAAAUCAACGAACAGCGCUGGCCUCAAGUAGAUUUGGAUGCCAAUAUCGACUUCAUGAUUAAUGUUGGAAAAUUAAGUUGUGGUCGAGUUGAGGUGCCACGUCUAGAAAUUGAACAUUUGUCUAGCGAAGAAGCUUUACAAUAUGCGAUCAAUGGUGUACAUAGUAUAUUUUUCCGAGAGUUAGCAUCAUUGGGUUUCAGGCCGGUGUCCUGUAAAAAAUUGUCUCGAACUGGAUUUUAUGUGCUUCUUGAAGUGAAGUUCAAUAAUGUACCUGCGGAUGAAACACUGUUGGAAAUUUUGAGACAAACAAGAACGCUGCGAUUGAAAGCAAAGAGAGCAAUAAAAAAAGCACAAAAGUAG